AGUUACACCCAACUACAUAAGGACGCAGCACCGUCAAAACAAAACACUGUUCAUGGCAGGAAUUACGGGCAGCAUCCUAGCUGUGCUGGGUGUUAUAUCGUUGUGUCUGCCUCUGUCUUCGGGGGCAAGCAUUUCAAGGCAUCGAACGAGAUCCCCAGUCUGCGACAGAGGAGUGACCUACUACGCUGAUCCCAAUGACUGCAGCGCAUAUUACCAAUGCAUAGCAGGAGAAAGCGUUCGAAUUGGCUGCCAACCCGGACUGCACUGGAACAAAGCUAUCAGCACAUGUGACCGGCCGGAACGUGCCGGUUGCUUGUUGCAAGUCCAUGCUCAGGGAGACGGUGCUGACAGUAACACCAGCAAUGAAAGCACAUCACCACUAGACAGCGAGAGUGAAGAGAGCACACCA